ACACCCUCAAUGGAUGAGAGGCGACUGCGAAUGAGCUCAUUCUCCCAGGAGGGAGCACAGCUCCAAGUGAAUCACUGAGGAAGCUGCAGCUUCUGUGUGUGUGUGUGUGUGUGUGUGUGUGUGAAAUACAUCCUCAGUCUGUCGCUGCUGGUCUAAUUCUUCACUUGUGUGUGCACAUGGUGAAAAUGAAAAUGUAGAUGAAAGGAAAAGAAAAGAGAAGUCUCCAGCUUCGGAACGGAGAGUUCUCUCUGCCUGGGGUCUUCACCCUCUGGAACACAGCAACCCACAAUGUCAAAGAAGGGUGCUGGCGCACGAGCUAAGGGAGACAAGCCUGAUGCUUUAGCUGCCUUACAAGCUGCCAAUGAAGAGCUCAGAGCCAAAUUGACUGACAUUCAAAUCGAACUUCAGCAAGAAAAGAGUAAGGUUAGCAAGUUGGAACGUGAAAAAAAUCAAGAAGUAAAGCAGAUCAAAGAGCAGGAACAGCACAAGCACACUGUGCUCGUGACUGAACUGAAGGCCAAGCUUCACGAAGAGAAAAUGAAGGAACUGCAGGCUGUCCGAGAGACACUGCUGAGGCAACAUGAAGCUGAGCUUCUCCGAGUCAUCAAAAUUAAAGAUAAUGAUAAUCAGAGACUUCAGGCACUUGUUAAUGCCUUAAGGGACGGGGCCGCUGAAAAAGUGAAAUCAAUGCUUUACACUGAGGCUAAAGAAGAAGCUAGGAAGGUGUUUGAGGUUGAGAAAAUUAAAAUGCAACAGGAAUUAUCUGAACAGAAGGGAGCCAAGAAACAAGUGGAAGAAGCUUUGAGCCAGGCUGUCCAUGCAGACAAAAUGAAAGCUGCAGAAAUAAGAAGUAUUUACCACCUGCACCAGGAAGAGAUCUCCAGGAUAAAGAGGGACUGUGAAAGGGAAAUCCGGAGACUGAUGGAUGAGAUAAAAUUAAAAGACAGAGCAGUCUACGUGCUGGAAAAAGAGCUGGGGGUUCAGGCUGGGCAUUCUCAGAGACUCCAGCUCCAAAAAGAGGCUUUAGAUGAACAACUUACCCAGGUCAAAGAGGCUGAAGCGUGGGAAAAACGACAUCUGAGUAGCCCGAAAAGGGAACUUCCUUGCGCAAGUGGUGCAGGAGACGCCUCAGAUCAUUCAGGAAGCCCUCAGCUUGAUGAAAAAGACACACGUCGAUUCCAGCUUAAAAUCGCUGAAUUAAGUGCAAUCAUCAGGAAGUUAGAGGAUCGUAAUUCAUUGCUGUCCGAGGAAAGAAAUGAACUUCUCAAGCGCUUGCGUGAAGCCGAGAGUCAGUAUAAACCACUCUUGGACAAAAACAGACGCCUCAGCAGGAAGAACGAAGAAAUGAGCCACUCGCUACGGCGGUUGCAGAACAAACUCAAAUUUCUUACACAAGAAAACAUAAAAAUGAAGGAAAGAGUGGGAAUCAUACGCCGGCCAAGCUCCUUAAACGAUCUUGACCGGACUCAUGAAGCAAGAGAAAUUGAAUUUCUUCGCCUACAACUUAUUGAACAGCAAAGCAUCAUUGAUGAUCUCAGCAAGGAUCGGGACAAGCUUCUGCAUUACAGAAAACCAAAGAAAAAAGUUACAAAGCCCAGCAAGAAACCAGUUGUGGAGACAUUUUUUGGAUAUGAUGAAGAAACCUCGGUUGAUUCUGAUGGUUCGUCAAUUUCGUACCAAACUGACAGGACCCCGUGCACCCCCGACGAUGAUCUGGAUGAGGGAAUGGCGAAAGAGGAGACUGAACUGCGAUUUCGCCAGUUGACCAUGGAGUACCAGGCCUUACAAAGGGCAUAUGCUUUGCUACAGGAGCAAGUUGGCGGAACCUUAGAUGCUGAACGAGAAGUCAAGACUCGUGAACAGCUACAAGUAGAAAACCAUAGAUAUCAAACCAAGAUUGAAGAUUUGGAGAAGGCUCUUGCAGAACAGGGCCAGGACAUGAAGUGGAUUGAGGAGAAACAAGCAUUAUAUCAUCGGAAUCAAGAGCUACUAGAAAAGAUCCAACAAACGCAGAAUGAAGAAAACCGCCUUAGACAUGACGUACAGGACGUCAAAGAUCAAAAUGAGCUUUUGGAAUUUCGUAUUUUGGAACUUGAAGUAAGAUAA